CUGUUUUGAUAUGAUUGAAGAAGCCUACAUGACAAAAUGUGGACACAGCUUCUGCUAUAAAUGUAUUCACCAGAGCUUGGAGGACAAUAACAGAUGCCCCAAAUGCAACUAUGUUGUGGACAACAUAGAUCAUCUUUAUCCCAACUUCUUAGUCAAUGAACUUAUUCUUAAACAGAAGCAAAGAUCUGAGGAGAAAAGACUCAAACUGGACCAUUCAGUGAGUAGCACCAAUGGCCAUAGGUGGCAGAUAAUUCAAGAUUUAUUGGGAACCGAUCAAGACAAUCUUGACUUGGCCAAUGUCAACCUGAUGCUGGAGUUGCUGGUUCAAAAGAAGAAGCAGUUGGAAGCAGAGUCCCAUGCUGCCCAAUUGCAGAUCCUUAUGGAAUUUCUCAAAGUUGCCAGGAGAAACAAACGAGAGCAAUUGGAGCAGAUCCAGAAGGAGCUAAGUGUUCUGGAAGAAGAUAUUAAACGAGUAGAGGAAAUGAGUGGCUUGUACUCCCCAGUCAGCGAGGACAGUACGGUGCCGCAGUUUGAGGCUCCCUCACCUUCACACAGUAGUAUUAUUGAUUCCACGGAAUAUAGCCAGCCUCCAGGCUUCAGUGGCAGUUCUCAGACCAAAAAGCAACCGUGGUAUAACAGCACGCUAGCCUCACGACGCAAGCGGCUCACAGCUCAUUUUGAGGACCUAGAGCAAUGCUAUUUUUCCACCAGGAUGACACGUGUCUCGGAUGACAGCAGAACCACAAGCCAGCUGGAUGAGUUUCAGGAGUGUCUAUCCAAGUUCACACGCUACAAUUCUGUCCGACCCUUGGCAACACUGUCUUACGCUAGUGACCUCUACAAUGGCUCCAGCAUAGUAUCCAGUAUUGAGUUCGACCGAGACUGUGACUACUUUGCCAUCGCUGGGGUGACAAAGAAGAUUAAAGUCUAUGAGUAUGGUACAGUCAUUCAGGAUGCGGUGGAUAUUCACUACCCUGAGAAUGAAAUGACCUGUAAUUCCAAAAUCAGCUGUAUCAGCUGGAGUAGUUACCACAAGAACCUGCUAGCCAGCAGUGACUAUGAAGGCACAGUCAUCCUGUGGGAUGGAUUCACAGGACAAAGAUCCAAGGUCUACCAGGAGCAUGAGAAAAGGUGCUGGAGUGUUGACUUUAACUUGAUGGACCCAAAGCUAUUGGCCUCAGGCUCUGAUGAUGCCAAAGUGAAGCUGUGGUCUACCAACUUGGACAACUCGGUAGCAAGCAUUGAGGCCAAGGCUAACGUGUGUUGUGUCAAAUUCAGCCCGUCUUCUAGGUAUCACCUAGCUUUUGGCUGUGCAGAUCACUGUGUUCACUACUAUGAUCUUCGCAACACUAAGCAGCCAAUUAUGGUGUUCAAAGGGCAUCGCAAGGCAGUCUCCUACGCAAAAUUUGUGAGUGGGGAAGAAAUCGUCUCUGCGUCAACAGACAGUCAGCUGAAGCUGUGGAAUGUAGGGAAGCCUCACUGCUUGCGCUCCUUCAAGGGUCACAUCAACGAGAAGAAUUUCGUUGGGCUUGCAUCCAAUGGAGACUACAUCGCCUGUGGAAGCGAAAAUAAUUCCCUUUACCUAUACUAUAAGGGCCUCUCAAAGACACUGCUGACAUUCAAGUUUGAUACAGUUAAAAGCGUCCUGGACAAGGACCGGAAAGAAGAUGACACAAAUGAGUUUGUGAGUGCUGUAUGCUGGAGGGCACUACCAGAUGGGGAGUCCAACGUGUUGAUUGCUGCUAACAGUCAGGGUACAAUUAAGGUACUGGAGCUGGUAUGAAGGGUUUUCUCUCAAGGCAUGAGGUACUUGGUCUUGCUGAUAUGCUACAGUAUUCAUCUGGGAUCCUCAGCGGGACAAGAAACCGAAACCACCUUGAUGUUCCUCCCCAAAACCAUCAUGUUUGGGUUUUUUUCCAUUUAUGGACUUUCUAGGACAUUUUGAGACACUGGAAACACCAGUGAACUGUCUGCCAUCAACAUUAACUCCACAGACUUUGCUGCUGCUGGUGGUGGUGGUAUGGUUGUCUAAUUUUUAUGAUAGGAAAACAAAUUCUUUUAAAUAAAAACAAAAAGGAAUAAUAAAAUUUAUUGAGCCACAAGCU